AUGAUUAUGUUUAUAUUGAGAGCGGUAAGUAGAAUUCGUCCCUCUCUUGUCUGGCUCAUCGAAACCCUAAAUUGAUAAAGACGGGAGGAAGCCAUCGAUAUAAAAUUGUGUUCCAUAUCUGCUACGAUCCACCAUCGGAAAACCAUUCUCAGAGAUUGCCGUUAAAUCUGAUCGAUUUCCUUUUUGUCAAUUGUUUACUCUAUCUCUUCUAGAAAAUCUUGAUUGUUGGGUUUUAACUGGGAUUUGAUUUGUGUUUCUCGUUCACACAAUGGUGGGAGGUGGAAGCAGGAAGGAUGAACAGUUGGUCAUAAGCAACAAUAACGUUUUCGCUGCUCUUGGAACCCUAAGGAAGAAGAAGAAGUCUGAUAAGGGAAAGAACGCUGAAGGUUCAGUUUCUAAAAAUGUCAAGGAUCCUGAGCCUGUUUUCUGGGCUCCAGCCCCAUUGACUGUCAAAUCCUGGGCGGAUGUUGAUGAUGAAGAUGAUGAUGAUUAUUACGCUACUACAGCUCCGCCGCAGGCUGUUUGGGGACCUGAUACUGCUAAUGAACAUCAUCACAAGCCUAAGGAAACUGUAACUCCACUCCAGGAAAGUGAAAGUGAAGAAGAAGGAAUUGAUGAAGCUGAUGAUGAUAAUGAAGAAGAACAUGAGCAGGAACCUGAUUUACCAGAGGAAAAGGAGCCAAUUGUUAAGAAGACUGCUGAAAAUGUGGCACCCAAAGAGUCGGAAAGGCAGCUUUCAAAGAAGGAACUUAAGAAAAAGGAGCUUGCUGAGCUUGAAGCUAUGCUUGCUGAAUUUGGAUUAAGCAAAGCUGAGAGCAAUGAUGAUUCACAAGGUGCUGCACAGGAUAAGGUGGAAAAACUCAAUGGAGAGAUGGCUAAGAAGGAUGAUAAUGCUCCUGGGGAGAGCAAGAGCGCAAAGAAAAAGAAGAAGAAAGAUAAAUCAUCAAAGGAGUCCAAAGAGCAACAUGAUCAAUCCAAUGGCGUUGAGCUUGGAAAUGGGACUAGUGAAACAGUUUCAAGCGAGAAAGGAGAAGAUGCACCUACUGUUGCUGCAAAGGACAAGAUAAAGAAAAUGACUUCUCUUAAGAAGAAAAAAUCAAUCAAGGAGGUAGAUGCUGCUGCCAAAGCUGUGGCCAGUGAGGCUGCAGCAAGGAGUGCAAGGCUAGCUGCUGCAAAGAAAAAGGAGAAGAACCAUUACAACCAGCAACCCCUGCGGUGAAAUGUUUCUUGAAUUGGAAGUGAGCAUGUAUCUUGUUCAUUUGUUAAAUGCACAAUAAACAUCAGAAUCUGGUUCAAUAGAGAUGGACUCUGUCAUACUAUUUUUAUUUUACAAAAAAAGAAAUUAAUCUUAAAAAAAAAAAAAGGUUUACUGAAUGGUUGUGGUGGUCUUUUAUAUUCUGCUAUUGGAUGGACAGUUUUUG